AUGAAGCAGUACGCAAUGCAAAUUCCUUACAGGCAUCCUCGGCCACGGACAACCUCGAAUGGUUUUCAGAUUGCCACUUUUUUGUGAUGACACCUGAGAUCAUCGCCAUGGCUGCCGUCUCUCCUUCCGACCCCACCUCCACGUCAGCGGCUCUCUUUCCGCCGAAAUGACAACAAACUCCAAACCUGCCCGCGCUUCCCACGCUGGCCGCUCCGCCGUCCCCCUGCUCCGUGCCGUCCGCUCACUGAUUGCGCCCCUUGAUCCGCAGAGAUGCGAACUCGUGGCAGCUAGAGGUUGGCUGGAGGACGCUGUGACCCUGCUGUGCGAUCGACUGGAAGAAUUCCGCGCGGCGAAUCCGAGGGCGGAUGGCGGGCAGGGCAGGGACGGGCAGGGCAGGGAAGGCGGCAAGACCCGGGGGGGGCAGAGCGGGGGAGGCAGGGAGAAGGGCGCAGAUGAAGAAAGAGGGCGCCGCGUGAUUGGGGCGGGGAGAAGGGGGAUGAGAGGAGGUAGUGGCAGGAAGAUCGGGGCGAGGAGCGGGAAAGAGGAACUGACGAGGGAGCGCAAGGCGACGGCUGCAAGUACAAGUGCAAAACCAGGAGAGGGGGAGCGAGGACGGACGGAGGAGAGGGAGCGGGCGAUGGCGAGGGCGGUGGCGGUGGCUGCGAGCGGCGAUGUGGGCGCGCUGCUGGCGUGCGAGCAGUGCUGGAGGGCGGCAGGGGUGCGGGAGAAGGGGGGAAGGGAAGGCGGGGAGGCAGGAUGGGAGCACGUGGCUCGCCGCUUCCCGCCUGCCCUGGCUGCCAUCGAACUCGCUGCUGCCUCGCUGCUGCUCCUCCUCUGCCGCUCCCUGCGCCACGCCCCCACCCCUCCACUCACCGCACCACUCGCAUCCUCUGCUUCCGCCCCUCACUCCCCCUCCGCCGCUCACCCCCCUUCCUCCCGCCAGCUCCCUCUCCUCCCCGCGCACCUCGUCCUCCCGCUGCGCGCGCCCUUCAUCCGCCUGUUGCCUCUGCUGCUGCGCUCCCCCUGUCCGUCCGCGCGCCUGCUGGCAGCGCGCGCCCUCUGCGCGCUGCUCUCGGCCGUGGCCAGGGGCGUCACCCGCGGGCAGGGCUGCUUCCAGUGGGGGCGCGCGCUCAGGGGGCGGGGGGAACAGGGCGGGAGGGGGGAGGCGAGUAGAGGGGGGCUCCACGAGAGAGGAGGGGAGGUGAAGGUGAGGGCAGGUGGGGAGCGGGAGAGGGGAGCAGAGGUUGGGGAAGGGGCGGAGGCGGCAGAGGGAGGAGUGCAAGGGCGUGAGAGGGAGGAGAGCAGAGGGGGUGGCAGGCCGUUGGUGUAUGGUGUGGUGCGGACACACACAGCUGCUGAGGUGCGGACGCACACAGCUGCUGAGGGCACUCUAGAAACAGCAGUUGGGGCAGACGGUGCAGGGGGGGCAGCGGCAGCAGCAGCAGCAGAAGCAGCAGAAGCAGAAGCAGCAGCGGUGGACAGCCCCGGGGUGCGGUGGGUGGUGGAGUCGUACGCGGUGCUGCUGCCACCACUGCACCGCAUGCUCGCCCACUCCGACCCGCGCCUCAUCGCCGCUGCUCUCACCGCCCUGCGCCUGCUGCUCGCACUCGACCCGCUGCCAGCCGCCAGUCGCAUAGCGCGCAUGUCCCUCCCCGCCCUCGCCCACCUGCUGCAAGCCCACCCUCUCGCCCCCUGCUGCGCCGGCGCUUCACCCGCCCCUGCUUCACCCGCCCCUGCUUCACCCACGCACCUUCAGAGCGGCUCUGCUGCGCUCACUGCUGCUGCCGCUGGCAAGGGCGAGGGCUGUCGGAUUGGUGCAGAGGGGCAGGCGAGGCAGGCAGAGGUGCAGACACCAGGGAAAGGCGCGGAGAAGGGGCAGGACGUGGAGGACCCACGGCACUGCGGCUGCUGUGUGCUGGCCCCCGCCCCUCGCUGCCCCUGGCGUCGCUGUGCGCGCCUCUCUGCGUGCAUGCUGCUGGCGCUGGCCGCGUCCUCCUCGGCGCGCCUCUCCGCCAUCCUCGCCCUGCCCCCCGUGCUGCUGUGGCUCGCUGCCGCCGCUGCCACCACUGACCCCAGCCAUGCCAGGCAACAUGGCGGUAGCGGCAGGAGGGGGGAGGAGGGGGGGCCACGUGAUGAUAGUGGAGUGGCGGGGGCGGGUGGAGGAGAAGAGAGCAUGCGGCAGAGGGAGCAAGCAGGGGGAGUUGAUGACGCACACAUUUCCAAUUGUGCCACCCACCGCUCGUCUCCCUCCGCUCUCCCCUGGCAGCAGCGAGUGGCAGCGCUGCUGGUGUGUCUGGCUGCGCGCUCCCUUGACCUCCUCCUGCUCGCCUCCGCGCCGCCCUCCAUUGCCCUCCUCAUCUCCGCCGUCAGGGGCGGGGGCCGUGGGGGCAUAGGGGACACGGGCUGGCUAGGAGACCAAAGCGACGGGGCAGAGGCAGGAGGGACGAGAGGGGGGGAGGCAGCAGGUUCAUUGAAGCGAGCACAUGGAGCAUGCGAUGGCCGUGACAAGGGCAGUGAACGUGAAACGGAUGGCAUGGACUCAUGUGCAUGUGCUUGCACCUGUGCAUGCGCGGGCGUGCAUGCAUCUGUCACUGCACCCAUGCACCUGCGCAUGCGGCCGCAAGCGCCAGCCCACCGCCCCCUGGCAGCGGUGCGGGUGUGGGGCGCACAUGCGCUGGGCGCCAUGGCGGGGCAGAGGCGGGCAAGGAGAGCCAUGGCGCAGGCAGGGGGCGUGCAGGCGCUGGUGGCGCUGCUGGGGGAUGCACUGGCGGGGGAGAGUGGGGUGGGGGGGACGUGGAUGGGGGGAGAUGGGGAGGGGGGUUCGCAGGGAUUGGGGAGGGAAUGCUUGGGUGAGAGGGGAGAUGAAAGGGGUGAUGUUGGCGCGGAGCGGGAUGAACCGAGGGAGGUUUGGUGUGGCAGGGGAGGGGGCGAUAAGAGGGUGAGGAGGCGAAGGGGCAGGGAGCACACAAGCAUGCCCACUAGCAGCAGGCUGAGCCCUCCUUUUCAUGUGUCGCCCACUCGCUCGCCCCCUCCUCGUGCAACCCCUCCUCGUGCAACCCCUCCUCCUGCAAGCGCCCCUCACACUCUCAACUGCGCCUCUCAUGCCGCCAACACGUCCCCUCUCCCCUCCACCCAUCCCACCUCCGCCCUCCACCCCCACCACCACCACCACCUGCUGGCGCAGCUCACAGCUGCCACGGCCGUGGGGCUGCUCGCCUGCCACUCAGACCCGCCGCUCCCCUGCCUGCCCCCCGCCGCCACCCCUCUCCUCCUCGCCAUGCUGCUCCGUGCCGCUGCGGCGCUGCCCUGCCCCCCUCCCUCUCACUCCACCCUCCUCGCUCUCCCAAUCCUUCCUCUCUCUCUCCCUCUCCCGCUCUCCCCCCUCCCCCACUCACCUCCGCUCUCCCCUGUCUCCUCGAACCCCUCGUCGUCUCUGCUGCGCGCCCUCAACACGCGAAGGCAGCAGGUGGCGCUGGAGGUGCUGCUGUUGCUGGCGCGCCCCAGCCAGGGGCAGGGGGCAGGCGGGGGCCAGGAGGAGAGCGAGGGUUCGGGUGGUGGUGAGGGGGAGGGGGCACGGGCCGUGGCGGGGGAGGUGGUGAGGGCGCUGAGAGGGGCGGCGGGGGGCGUGGGAGGCGUGGAGGGGAUGCAGCACGAGCAGGGGGCGUGGGAGGAGGAGGGCGUGCUUCAUGGGGACAGGGGGCAGCAGCAGCAGGGCUUGAGGGAGCAGGUCGGGGUGCUACGGCAGCAGGCGGCACUGGUGGAGGUGAUAUCUGCGCUGGCAGAGACAGAAGCCGGGCUGCACGCAGCAGUGGCUGCAGGCGCCGUGGGUGCUGUGAGCGGCGUGAUGGCUGUGGUGGGAAGCGCAGGGUGGGAGGGGGUUGAGAUGGGGCAGGGGAGAGGUGAGAGGGCGGAUGGGAGCAGGGCGGUGGGAGAGGAGAGGCGUGGAGGGCAGGCGGCAGAUGAGGAGGGGGGAGCAGGCGGAGCAGAGGAGGAGGAGGAGCGGUGGAUAGAGAGGGAGAGAGCUGAACCGCAUGAUGGUGAGAGAGGGAGAGGGGGGGGGGACUGGAGAGUGGUGAUUGUGGAAGAGAAGGGGGAGGAGGAGGAAGACGAAGAGGAGGAGGGGGAAGGGGAGGAGAAUGAGAGUGAGGAGGCAGGCGAUGGGUGGAGUGCGGAGGACGAGGAGGAUGAGACGCCUCUGUGGCACCUGUGGCAGAUGCACAUUGACGGCCACGUGCAUGGGGAUGGGGAUGGCCCUCUGCCUGGUGGGGCGAGUGGGAGUGACGCUGACAUGGAUGGGGGGCAGGGAGGGGAGGGGGAGGAGAGCGAGAACGAGGAAGAGGAGAGUGGGAGUGGGGAUGAGGGUGAGGAGGGAGGGGAGGAGGAAGGUGGGGAUGAAGCAGAGCACGAGGAGGAGGCAGAGGGGUGGCAGGGAGGGCAGCGCGGAGAGGUUGAGCCGUCCAUGGCACCGCUGAGCCUGCUGCAGGCGCUGUACUGGGGGGGAGGGGAGGGCGGGGCCAGUGGCAGUGAGAGCAGCAGCGAGGAUGAGAGUGAGGGGGAGAGUGAGGGGGAGAGUGAGAGGGAGAGUGAGGGGGAGAGUGAGGGGGAGAGUGAGGAUGAGGAGAGUGAGGAGGGGAGUGAGGAUGAGAGUAAAGGAGAGAGUGAGGGAGUGAGUGGGGAUGUUUAUGACGGGGAAGGUGAGGGCAGGGCAGGCGAGGAGAGUGGUGCACCCGUUGCAGGUAGCAGGCGGGGCGCUGUGCUCGCUGGGAGCGAGGAGCACAUGCACUCAGGGGUGAGUGCGAGGUGGGAGGAGCAGGGUGCGGAGGAUGGGGCGACGAUGGAGGUGGGAGGGGGGGGCAGGGCGAUGGCGAUGGAGGUGUCACCGGGGGCUGGGGGAAGGCAGGCAGGGCGACUGCAUGCUGAGAGAGCGCAUGCCGGAUGUGGGGUAGUUGGCACACUGGCAGCAGAUGCAUCAGCAGCAGCAGCAGCAGCAGCAGCAGCAGCAGCAGCAGCAGCAGCAGGGGGUGAUGGGGCGGGAGCUGCAAUGAGGUGUCCGCAUGGCAGCCGGCAGUGCAUGGUGUGGCUGGCUGGGUGGGAGGACGGCAGGGGGGAUGGUUCAGGGGCAGACGCAGGGCGUGGCAAGGGCGUUGAUGGGGAGGGGGCAGGGCGCGCGGAGGAGGGGUGUGCUGCCUGGCGCAGUGCGGUGAGGGGCGAUGCGAGGGGCAUGCAUGACGCACGGGGCGAGGCGACAGGCGUGGGAGGGGAGGCUAGGGAGGGGAGUGGGAGCGGGCGGACUGGGCGAGGGCAGGAAGGUGCGUGUGGCGGAGAGGGAGCGGCAGCUGCAGUGUCAGCAGCUUCACACGAGGCAGCUGCAGUGUCAGCAGCUUCACACGAGGCAGCUGCAGUGUCAGCAGCUUCACACGAGGCUGCAGAGCAUAGCGGGUCAGAGGAGCAAGGGGCGAUGGGAGCAGAGGGAGCGAGGGUGGUGAGUGAGGAGGUGCGGCGCGUGCAGCGCGUUGUGUGGCUGCGCUGCCUGGACCUGCUGGCGCUGCUCAGCUCUGACUGGUCUGCCUGCUCGCACAUGGUGGCCGCCGGCCUGCUGCCUGCUCUGCUGCUCUGCAUUGAGCGCCAUUCCUGGGGCAGCCACCCAGGGACGGGUGCGGGGGACAGUGCCAUGCGAGGCGGCAGGAAUGGUGGGGGCAGUGGAGUGGGUGGGGAGCAUGCUGCUGGGUGUGCGGCGCAACGAGGGGAGGCGAGUGGUGGAGGAGCGGGUGGGGGAGGCAGGGCAGCAGGUAAGGAGGUGGGGGCGGGCAUGGGGAUGGCAGGUGGGGAGGGAGGGGCGGCGGUGGAGGUGGUGAGCAACGUGGCGAGGGUGCCGUGGCUCACACACACGGCUGCUCGCGCAGGCGCGCUGGCAGUGAUGCAGGGUGCAGUGCGGCGCAUGCAGGGAGGGGGGCGGGGUGUGCAUGGUGAGGUGAGGAGGCAUGCGGUGCAGGCAGUGAUGGCGCUGUCGGAUGCCCGGUAUGCCGUGCACCGUUGACCACCGCUCUCGCCUGCGCUUCAUGCUGCAUUGCCCCUCACCAUGCUGCAUUGCCCCUCAUCUAUGUCAGCUCAGCAAGUACCGGGCCUUGGUCGGGUUUAGGAUGUCAGGAUGUAGAGUGUUCAUUCAGUAUGCCACUGGCGGAGCAGGUCAAGCGAGCAGCCCGUACUGUGUAAUUAAUGACCAUUGCAAGGGGCACAUAGCAAUGCUGAUGUUA